GGCUGAGAAAACUGUCCACGGUCUAACCCCUGCCUUUGACAGCAUGCCCUACCGAAUGCAGAACCGGACGGGUUCUACAAACUCGCUGCUGGAUGACAGCGAUUUCUUCUUGAACUCUGGGGACCUUACAGGGAUUCCUGUGGUUGGGAGCGAUAACGAGGACGAGCCGAGCUUCACCCCAAAGGAUGGCCUCCCUUCUGCCAUUCGCCCCAGCGAUAGCCGGGGAGACGGGAGGAGGGUUCGGGAUCAUGCCAUGGACAACGAGAAAGACUUGCAGAUCCAAAACAUGAUCCAGAAAGACCUCUCUUCACCUUUUGACAAAGGACCCCCUGUAUUUAAGCCCAUUCGGAAAGAUUUCAGCAUAGCAAGAGACGAUGGUAAGGAGGUUUUUUUGUCAAAGGAGAAAACCAGAGAAGGACCUUUUCAAGAGCGGGAUAAACGCUUGGAGAAAGUGCCGAAGGAGUUGGAUUCGAGGUUGAAAAGUAGUUUCCUCGAUAAAUCAGUUUCUAAUCAAGUAGAAGACACGUUACGGACACAGUUAGCACCACAAACACCAGACACUAAUUUCAGGGAGUCUAGCUACCCGUUUGCUAACAAGGAAUCCGUUGGUCAAGAUCUCGGGAAUUCCUAUGCACCAAAUAUCCGAAUUAAGGAAGAGCCUUUGGACAAUGACUAUGACAAGGCGUUGGCGCCUCAACAGGGGCUGCUGAACAAAAUUAAGGAUGAACCAGAGAAUACCGAGGAAUAUGGCCAGCAGCCAAAAACUCAGGAAGGGGAGCUGAAGAUCAGCGCUGUGUUUUCAGUCAGUGGUAGCCCUCUCGCUCCACAGCUGACGUCGGGUUUCCCACCCAAUGCCCCUCCCUCUGGCAUGAACAAGCUGCUUCCUUCGGUCCCAAGUACGGCAGUUCGGGUUUCCUGUUCGGGCUGUAAAAAGAUCCUCCAGAAGGGGCAAACGGCUUAUCAGAGGAAAGGUUCCACUCAGCUCUUCUGUUCCACACUGUGCCUGACUGGAUACACUGUUCCAGCCACUCGACCACCAGCUUCUACCAAGAAAACCUGUUCCAGCUGCUCAAAAGAUAUUCUUAAUCCAAAGGAUGUGAUCACUGCUCAGUUCGACAAUACAAGCUCCAGCAAGGACUUCUGCAGUCAGUCGUGUCUUUCCAUUUAUGAGCUGAAAAGGAAGCCUGUCGUCACCAUCCACACGAACAGCAUUUCCACCAAAUGCAGCAUGUGCCAGAAGAAUGCUGUGAUUCGGCAUGAGGUGAACUACCAGAACGUCGUGCACAAGCUCUGCAGCGACACCUGUUUCUCCAAGUUCCGCUCAGCGAAUAACCUGACCAUGAACUGCUGUGAAAACUGUGGGGGCUACUGUUAUAGCGCCUCGGGGCAGUGCCACAUGCUUCAGAUAGAAGGGCAAUCCAAGAAGUUUUGCAGCUCGACAUGCGUCACUGCAUACAAACAGAAAUCGGCAAAAAUCACUCCCUGCGCACUGUGUAAAUCCCUGCGGUCUUCGGCAGAGAUGAUCGAAAGCACAAACAAUGUUGGGAAGACGGAGCUGUUUUGCUCCGUGAACUGCCUCUCCGCGCAUAGAGUCAAAAUGGUCACGUCGUCAGGUGUCCAAGUCCAGUGUAACAGCUGUAAGACGAUGGCCAUCCCUCAGUAUCACCUAGCUAUGUCCGAUGGGAGCAUACGCAACUUUUGCAGUUACAGCUGUGUGGUAGCUUUCCAGAACUUGUUCAACAAGCCUGCGGGAAUGAAUUCCUCGGUGGUGCCCUUGUCGCAGGGCCAGGUGAUUGUCAGCAUCCCCUCAGGACCAACGGUUUCAGCAGCGGGCAGCACUACCUCAACCGUCUCCCCCAGCUCCGUAAGCAGCUCGGCCGCAGCCGGCCUCCAGAGACUCGCCGCCCAGUCCCAGCAGGUCACCUUCGCCCGCACGGUCGUCAAGCUCAAGUGUCAACACUGUAACCGCCUCUUUGCAACCAAGCCCGAACUGCUGGAUUACAGGGGCAAAAUGUUCCAGUUCUGCGGGAAGACCUGCUGCGACGAAUACAAGAAGAUCAACAGCGUCAUGUCGAUGUGUGAAUACUGCAAGAUCGAGAAGAUUGUCAAAGAGACUGUGCGGUUCUCAGGCAUCGACAAGUCAUUCUGUAGUGAGGGCUGCAAGCUGCUAUAUAAGCACGACUUGGCCAAACGUUGGGGGAACCACUGUAAGAUGUGCAGCUACUGUUUGCAGACAUCGCCCAAGCUGGUUCAGAAUCACUUCGGGGGCAAAGUUGAGGAGUUCUGCUCGGAAGACUGCAUGUCAAAGUUCACGGUUUUGUUCUAUCAGAUGUCCAAAUGCGAUGGCUGCAAAAGGCAGGGGAAGCUCGGCGAGUCCUUGAAAUGGCGAGGGGAAAUCAAGCACUUCUGCAACUUGCUCUGCAUCCUCAUGUUCUGCAAUCAGCAGUGCGCGUCAGACCCGCCCCCACCUCCCCCUCCGCCGCCGCCCCCACCCCCGCCCUCCCAGAACAACACAGCAAAUCUUUCCAUGACGCCAGCAUCUUCGGCAGGCCCUCCUCCCUCUCUCAGGAAGGAUUCCACCCCAGUUAUUGCCAAUGUGGUUUCCCUCGCCAGCGCGCCGGCCGCCCAGCCCACAGCAAAUUCCAAUAACGUUUUGCAAGGUGCCGUUCCUACUGUAACAGCAAAGAUCAUUGGAGAUGCGAGUACCCAGACGGAUGCUCUGAAGCUGCCCCCUUCGCAGCCUCCCCGGCUCCUAAAGAACAAAGCAUUGCUGUGCAAGCCCAUAACGCAGACGAAGGCCACUUCUUGCAAGCCCCAUACGCAGCACAAGGAGUGCCAGACAGAGGAGGAGGAGGAAGUCCCACCCAAGGUCCUCAUGGUGCCCAUUCCUGUACCAGUGUUCGUGCCAGUCCCUCUUCAUCUGUUCACCCAGUACACCCCGUUUCCGCUGGGACUGCCAAUACCUGUCCCUGUUCCCAUGUUCGUCCCCCCUGGCCCCGAGAACCCUAGCAAGGUGGCAGAAUCCAUUCCAGACGUCAAGGAGAAGAACUCUGGCAACGCCUUCGAGGCGGAUCUCCUCCAGAUGGCAGAAAUGAUCGCAGAAGACGAGAAGGAUAAGGAACACUCUCGGGGAGGUUCUCAGACCUCUGACCAUGAGCUCUUCUUGGACCCCAAGAUAUUUGAAAAAGACCAAGGCAGCACGUACAGCGGUGAUUUGGAAUCUGAAGCCGUGUCGACCCCUCACAGCUGGGAAGAUGAGCUGAACCACUAUGCCUUACGCUCAAACACCGUGCCGGAGCCCGAGCCCGAGCCAAGGCAGUUCUCCAAAGGGGAGCAGGAGCAGGACUUGGAGGCCGACUUCCCCGCAGACUCCUUUGACCCAAUCAGCAAAGGGCUAGGCCUUCACUCGCGUGCCCGAGCAAGGCGGAGACACAGAGAUGGUUUCCCGCAACCCAAAAGAAGGGGGAGGAAGAAGUCCAUAGUGCCCGUGGAGCCCCGGAUGCUGGUGCAGAGCUCUUACCCCGGCUGUUCCGUUUCCGGGAUGAGUCUGAAGUACAUGUAUGGGGUGAACGCCUGGAAGAACUGGAUCCAGUGGAAAAACACGCAGGAAGACCAAGGAGAUCUGAAAUUUGGAGUUCGGCCUGUGAAGCUCAAAGAAGACAUCCUGUCCUGUUCUUUUUCGGAGCUGAGUUUCGGCUUGUGCCAGUUUAUCCAGGAGGUGCGGCGACCAAAUGGUGAAAAGUAUGAUCCCGACAGCAUUUUAUACCUGUGCCUUGGAAUUCAGCAGUACCUGUUUGAGAACGGCAGGAUAGACAACAUUUUUACUGAGCCCUACUCCAGGUUCAUGAUCGAGCUCACGAAACUGUUAAAAAUCUGGGAGCCUACAAUACUUCCAAGCGGUUACAUGUUCUCAAGAAUCGAAGAGGAGCAUUUAUGGGAAUGCAAGCAGCUGGGCGCCUACUCCCCCAUCGUCCUCCUGAACACGCUGCUUUUCUUCAACACCAAAUACUUCCAGCUCAAGAACGUCAGCGAGCACAUGAAGCUGUCCUUUGCGCACGUCAUGCGGCGCACCCGGACUCUGAAGUACAACACUAAGCUGACUUAUCUACGCUUCUUCCCUCCUUUCCAAAAGCAGGAGAUAGAAUCAGAUAAAUUAGUAGGCAAAAGAAAACGCCACGAGGGCGAAGGAGUCCCGAUAGCCGUGGAGAUGGUCGAGAACACAGACAACCCCUUGAGAUGUCCAGUUCGGCUCUAUGAGUUUUACUUGUCGAAGUGUUCCGAAAGCGUGAAGCAGAGAAGCGAUGUCUUUUACCUCCAGCCGGAGCGUUCGUGCGUCCCCAAUAGCCCCAUGUGGUACUCCACUAUGCCAAUAGACCCCGGGACUUUGGACAUCAUGUUAACGCGCAUCCUUAUGGUCAGGGAGGUACACGAAGAGCUCGCCAAAGUCAAAGCGGAGGACUCUGAUCCUGAACUUUCAGACUAAAGACAGGAGGAGGA